AGCGAUUUUGUCGAUGACGACUCAUUGCGCAUGCGCUACAAUGACUUCUCGACUCGAUGCGGAGGGAUAUUAUUUCUUUUUAUUUGAUUUUGCCAAUGGGUUCGGUUGUCUCGACGGAUAGUAUCUCAAAGUAAGCUCGCAACGACGAGUAAAUAACAAUUAUGGCGCCUUGUGAGGCAAACCUCGCUUUAGGUUUGGAAAAGCGGCGACCAAGCGAACGCGGAAGUGAGUAGGAAGUAAUUCUCCCUUCCGCGUCUUCUUCUCUUGCGUUCGUCCCUCGGCGUCAGUGUCAUGAUCGGCGGAGCUCUUGGCUCCACUUAAUGAAACGAGACUGUGUGUUGAUCAGCUCAAGGUGACAGAUGUGAAGCGUGACAAGUGAAGGAGCUGGUGCAUCAUGGGGAACACGCCAUCGAAGAGCGACGGCGGAGAGGCGCCACCAAAAACAACUUUAUUCGAGAGGGAGCCAAGCGGCAUCACGUACAGAAUUCCUGCUCUCAUCUACCUGAGGCACAGUGGCACCUUUCUCGCCUUUGCAGAGAAGAGGACCUCUUCACGUGACUGUGAUGCCAAACUUCUGGUUAUGCGAAGAGGGGUGCAGAGUGAUGACGGAUCUGUUCAGUGGCUGUCAAGCGAGGAGUUGUCAACGGCAUGCCUGCCGGACCACCGCACCAUGAACCCCUGCCCCGUGUUUGAGAAAAACACCAGCACCUUGUUUUUAUUCUUCGUCUGCAUCCUGGGCAACACCUCGGAGCAGAGGCAGAUCAUCACAGGUAAGAACAAGACGCGUCUUUGCUACGUCAGCAGCGGUGACGACGGCCACACCUGGAGCGAGGUCACGGAUGUAACGCAGAGCGUGAUCGGACAAACUAUCCGCAAGUGGGCCACGUUCGCCGUGGGUCCGGGUCACGGGGUCCAACUGGAGAACGGGAGGUUGAUUAUCCCAGCCUACGCCUACUACAUCCCAUACAGGUGCUUCUCCUUCCCCGUUCCUCACACGGUUUACCCGCGCGCUUUGACGGUCUACAGCGCGGACUUGGGCGAGACGUGGCACAUGGGCAAGAUGCUCCUCAAGAAAUCGUGCGAGUGCGAGAUGGCCGAGAUCAUAGAUCACGAGGGCCGGAGUCACCUGUACUGCAACGCUCGCAACUUCGGCGGCCACAGAAGCGAGGCGCUGAGCGAAAACAGCGGCGUCUGCUUUGACAAACCCCGCACGGCCCGAGAGCUGGUGGAACAACCCAAAGGCUGCCAGGGAAGCGUCAUCGGUUUCCCCGUGCCCGAGUUCAUCCCCGGUGAGGACGGCGAGAACAAAACGUGCGACACGUCCCCGCUGUCCCCCGACACGCAAACCUGGCUCCUCUUCAUGCACCCGACCAACAAGCACAGCCGGCGGGACAUGGGCGUGUACUUGAACCGGUCCCCGCUGCACUCGCGAGGGUGGGACCGGCCCAGGAUCCUCCACAGCGGGCCCAGCGGCUACUCAGACCUGGCCUACAACCGGGACAACGAUCAGUUCUCGUGCCUGAUGGAGUGCGGCAAAGAAAGCGAACUGGAGCAGAUUGCGUUCAUGUCGUUCACGCUCAAAGAGGUCAUGCAGGCAAACAGGAAAACUUGCUAAAUAACGACCGUCGCUUCUUAGCAUGAAUGAUGCUAAUGCUAACGUCGCUCCGUGUCUUCUCGUGUUCCCCCUUUUGUGGAAGUGCAUGCCCGAGUCGUGUGGUCUGAUGUUUACUUAUUUACAUGACGAUGUACGUAAGUCCAAUGUGCUACCAUAUUUCCUCAAAUAGUGGCUGGGGUACAAAUGUAUGCAACUGCAGUAUCGGGCACGUAUUUGUAGUCGGCGUGUAUUUAAGUGGAGGCCUUUAUUUGUACAAUCGCCAGUGUAAAGUUAGAGCGCUAGACGCCGUUGUCUUGUCCAGGGAGAAUUCUUACUUCUGUUUUUUUUUUACAGUGGGAGUCGAUUGUGUAACUUCCUUGCCUUAGCACUUUCUUUUUGUGUGCGUCCCUUUUAUUGUUAGUGCCUAUCAAUAAUGCAGUGCGGUAGAGGUGGAUUUAGCGUCCCGAAGUAGUAAACAGAGUUGGUGAUUUGAGUCAUUGCAACUUUUAUGGUGACUGCAUGUGACUUGACUUUAAAAAAAAAAAAAGAUUUUUUUAAAGGCUCGAGACAGAAUAUUGACUUGCAAUCAAGUUCCAGUCCACCAUGGAGAACAUUUGGAAGGCUGUGAUUGCCGUGGAUGCCUGGCUCGAUUUUGAAACUGUUAAAAAAAAAUAAAAAUAAACACGGCGGUCACGGUAAGGAAGAGGAACCGAGUCGUAACGAAACUUACAGGCGGUCUGUUAUAGGGCGGGAAGCAUACAGUGGAUUUAAAAAGUCUACACACCCCUGUUCAAAAGUAUGAUUGGGAAAGGGAGGAAUCGGACCAAGAUGAAUCGUUUCAAGGGUCUCUAACUAACCCCCCCAACACAUUGAAGUGAAUAUUAGCUGUUCUAGUGGGCUUUUCAUGACGUGUUGAUUGAGUUUCACAGGUGAAAGGUCACAUGAACGAUCAAAGAAGUUUCAGAAUGAAUCUUGGUCUCAUGUUUUUAUAUCACCAACACCUCGGAUUUGAACAAGGGUGUGUAGACUUAAUAUGCGUUGGACUUGAGACUUGGGUAAUAAGCAAGCCAGGAGGUACAUUUGAGGUACUUUUAAAAGCUAAAAGCAUGACUUUGACUGAGCUGUGCUUGGAUGUCAUUUUAUUUAUAUAUAUUUUUUUAUUGCUGCACAGUUUGUAAAGCCAUGCCGCGCAUUUUGUGUAUUUUUAAAAUCCCCGAUCUCAUGAGUUGUUCAAGUACUCGGCGACGAUAUCAAGGCACGCUAUUGGCACCAAGGCCACUAUUUGAGGACGUAAGCUAUUUAAGGAAUGAUAUAUUUUUUUGACGGCUGAUUUUAAGCAUGCCACUCUGCCAUGCACAGGCUUUGUGUGCCUGCGUGCGUGCGAGCGAAUGUGCGUGUGUUGCGUAGCAUGCUUGGCAACUGUUCCUGACUGCUUCCCGCGUCUUGUGAUAUUUUUUCCUACCUCAAUUCAUUUUCCUUCAAUCAAGGAGUGUAGCACCCCCCCCCCCCCCCCCCCCCCCCCAUGAUCCGGCUUUCCUCUCAUUUUAUUUCACUCUACUGUGAUUCACAUAUGCCUUCUCGGGUCAUACAGCCUUCAUAAGUUUGCCAUCUUGCAAGCUGUGCCAAAUAUGAUUAAUCUAAUUUUUUUUUCCUUUUUAGCGCUUGUUCGUUUAGAGCAAAAGUAAUUCAUAUUUUUACAAUUUUCAGGGUACGUAUUGCAACUUCCCCUCGUUUUUGAAGACGACAACUGUGAAUAGUAACGUGAUCUGACAAGAAUUGAGUAGGAAAUUACACAAAAAAUUCGACUGUAUUCCUAUUGACAUGUAAAGUCGACAUUAUACAAUGUAACCAUUUCACUUUCCAGUGACAUCAGUGUCACUCCACCGCAUAUGCAAAAGCACCCCCGCCCCCCCAAAAAAAGUUCAAAAAUCCAAUUUUUCUACUGAAUCCCACAAAAAUCCUGCAGAGCGCCCGAUGGUUGUCGAGUGAUGACUUUUGUAAGAUUUCCAAAAAAGAAAUUGCACGCACAAAGGACCCGUUCAUUUUCGGCUCCUUCUUUGCCAAAUGUUGACGAUUCUCCAAAUGAUUCUUCACUCGUGUCAGUGUGUUGGUGUUGACUGUUGUGGAAAGUGACAAAAGCUGCAUGGCUUUUUUUGUUUUUGGUAUUAAAUGAAAAUGAUCACGGCA